AACAGCCCUGCCCGCCAGACCCCGUCGCCGGAUCCCCUGCGCUGCCCGCCGCCCCACGUGACUGCGCCGCCCCCUAGCUCCAUCGCUGAGCCCGCUCGCCAUGGCCCUACUCCGGGCCCUGUUCCUAGCGCUGCUGGCAGGCGCUCACGCGGAGCUCCCGGGCUGCAAGAUCCGCGUCACCUCCAAGGCGCUGGAGCUGGUGAAGCAGGAGGGGCUGCGCUUUCUGGAGCAAGAACUGGAGAACAUCACCAUUCCGGAUCUGCGGGGCAGAGAAGGUCACUUCUACUACAACAUCUCGGAGGUGAAAGUCACAGAGCUGCAGCUGACAUCUUCUGAGCUCCAUUUCCAGCCAGAGCAGGAGCUGACGCUACAAAUCACCAAUGCCUCCUUGGGGCUGCGCUUCCGGAGACAGCUGCUCUACUGGUUCUUCUAUGAUGGGGGCUACAUCAAUGCCUCGGCUGAGGGUGUGUCCAUCCGCACCGCUCUGGAGCUCUCUCGGGAUCCCACUGGUCGGAUGAAAGUAUCCAAUGUCUCCUGCCAAGCCUCUGUCUCCAGAAUGCACGCAGCCUUCGGGGGAACCUUCAAGAAGGUGUAUGAUUUUCUCUCCACAUUCAUCACUUCAGGGAUGCGCUUCCUCCUCAACCAGCAGAUCUGCCCCGUACUCUACCAUGCAGGGAUGGUCCUGCUCAAUUCCCUCCUGGACACUGUGCCUGUACGCAGUUCUGUGGAUGAGCUCGUUGGCAUCGACUACUCCCUCCUAAAGGACCCUGUGGCUUCCAGCAAUCUGGAUAUGGAAUUCCGGGGGGCCUUCUUUCCCCUGGCCGAGGGGAACUGGAGCCUCCCCAACCAGGCAGUGGAGCCCCAGCUGCAGGAGGAGGAGCGGAUGGUGUAUGUGGCCUUCUCUGAGUUCUUCUUUGACUCUGCCAUGGAGAGCUACUUCCGGGCAGGGGCCCUGCAGCUGUCGCUGGUGGGGGACGAGGUGCCCCAUGAUCUGGACAUGCUGCUGAGGGCAUCCUACUUUGGGAGCAUCGUCCUGCUGAGCCCAACAGUGAUCGACUCCCCACUGAAGCUGGAGCUGCGGGUCACGGCCCCACCGCGCUGCACCAUUAAGCCCUCAGGCACCACCAUCGCUGUCACUGCCAGCGUCACCAUUGCCAUGGUCCCGCCCAACCAGCCUGAGGUCCAGCUGUCCAGCAUGAUCAUGGACGCCCGUCUUAGUGCCAAGAUGGCCCUCCGGGGGAAGGCGCUGCGCACGCAGCUGGACCUGCGCAGGUUCCGAAUCUACUCGAACCAGUCUGCACUGGAGUCGCUGGCACUGAUCCCACUCCAGGCCCCUCUGAAGGCCAUGCUGCAGAUCGGGGUGAUGCCCAUGCUCAAUGAGCGGACCUGGCGUGGGGUGCAGAUCCCACUGCCCGAGGGUAUCAACUUUGUGCGCGAGGUGGUGACGAACCAUGCGGGCUUCCUCACCAUUGGGGCUGACCUCCACUUUGCCAAAGGGCUGCGAGAGGUGAUUGAGAAGAACCGGCCUGCCAAUGCCAGGGACGCCCAGGCACCCAGUGCCCCGCCGGCCUCCACCCCAGCCUCCACAGCAGCUGUCUGAGCCCUCAAGCCCGACCCUGGUGGCUGCAUGCAGGACUCCGAUCCCUCUCAGCCCCUCCCGCCCCACGUUCACUGCCUGUAGUGCCCGCCCUAACCCCCAGUGCCACAGAGAAGACAGGGUUUGAAGCUGUGCUCAAUUUAAUCCCAUAAUCAGUCAAUCCAUCAAUUACAGUCCGUCCACCCCCUC